ACUGGAUCCCCCCUUGUUCCCCGGGCCGCCGCCACGACCACCACGACCACCGCGACGUCUGUCCCUCGCGCGCCAUCCUCAAUUACGUUGCCCUUGACUGCAAUCUUCCUCGACCUCGACGUCUGCACCGUCCUCCCGCCGGCGCAUCGCAGUUUCUUCAGUCGACGAUUGAGAUAGCGAGUCGCACCGCCUGUUGGCAUGUGCUAAUCGCGUGGCCCUCGCAGCCGCAUCCGGCGUCGGUGCACUCACAAUCGCAGGCACCACGACAUUUCACUUCCGACCGUGUUCGAGACCCUGGGUUUGGCCAAGUCGUUCCUCCAAAGCGCCACCGACCGACACCGCCUAGAUGUUGGGCACCGGACCCUUCUCUCGGCGGCCGUCGGGUCUGGUUCGUUACGUCGCCGUCGCCGUGUUCCUGCUCGUCGCCCUAUACUUUUUCAGCAGCUCCAGGGAUCCAUACGCAUCACCCGGCGCGUCUCUCAAGCGUCCCGUCAACCCCACGAGCCCACAGCCCGGCGAGAAGCUCAAGCCCAACGACAAACCGGGCCCCGACACGAGCAACCCCGAGCCUCAACCGCUCGACAAGCCCAGACCAGACACGGACAAGCCAGCGACGCAGCACAUUGAUAAACCCAAACCCAACCCCGACACGAGCAAGCAAGAAAAGCCCGACGCAAAGAAGCCGGACACCCAAAAGCCUGGCGACAAACCCAAGACAGCACCACCCGUCAGCGAGCCGGGAAGAAAAAAGCACCCCAUCGACAAGCUCAUAUAUGAUGCUCAGCAUCACUUUGCCGAGCUCACCUCCAAGGAAUCCAAAACGGUCGAGCAGGCCGCCCAGGCGUACCGCAAGCAGCGCGGCCGCCACCCGCCGCCUGGCUUCGACAAGUGGUUCGAGUUUGCCCGUUCCCGCAACGCCCUCAUCAUUGAGGACUUUUUCGAUCAGAUCCACCACGACAUUGAACCCUUCUGGGGUCUUGACCCAACGCUGAUGCGCCGUGAAGCCAGCCAGUUCGAGAUGACCAUCAACGUGCGUAAAGGCAAUGCCACGGCUGGAUCCGAUUGGUUUUGGACCAAGAUCUGGCUCGACAUGAUCCAGGAGAUCGCGCCUAUGCUCCCCGACAUGGAUCUUGCCCUCAACGCCAUGGACGAGCCGCGCCUCGUCGUCCCCUGGGAGGACAUGCAGGGAUACAUGAAAAAGGCCGCCAGGACGGCUAAGCUGCCCAAGGCUAAUACGGUCGUGUCCGAUUUUCAGAAGCUGCCGCAACCGCGCAAGGGUGGGCUGGCUGGCGAAAUCCAGCCGAAGUCAUGGGAGGAGACGAAACCAUACUGGCCGCUCGUACGCCGCGGUUGCUCCCCUACCAGCGCGGCCCGCACAGCGGCCCUGAAGAAGUCAUUUGCCGACCCGCCGUCCAUCAGCACCAAGAACGCCGAGCCGCACCUCUACAAGGGUUACGUUUUCAAUUACACGUUGUCCAAUGAUCUCUGCCAUCAGCCCGACCUACAGGGACUCGAGGGCAUUCUCAUCGCACCCCUGUCGACAAAGUCGACCAAGACCAUGUUUCCCAUGUUUGGAGGCUCCAAGCUGACCGUCAACAACGAGAUCCUCCUGCCCGCGCCGAUGUACUGGAGCGAAGAGGAACGGUUCACAGGCGGCGACGAGCGCGGUGUCGAGUGGCGUGAGAAGAGUAGCAAGGCCAUCUGGCGCGGCGUCGCCACCGGAGGGCUCAACGCCGCAGACAACUGGCGCGGCUUCCAGCGGCACCGCUUCGUUGCCAUGGGUAAUGGCACCAAGGUCGCCCUCGUUGAGGCGGGAGAGAAGCCUGAGAACUUUGCGCUUGCCGAGGAGCAAUACAGCGUGAGAGCGCAGCGCGACGGCAAACUGGGCAAGUGGGUGGAUGAGUGGUCCGACGUGGGCUUCAUCGACCUGAGCUGCGACCCGCCUCAGGACGGCCUCUGCAACUACACCGAUUUCUACUUCCACCCCAUCAAGGGCGUCAAGAUGGCCGAUCAGUUUAGCUUCAAGUACCUCCCAGACAUCGACGGCAACUCGUUUUCCGGGCGCUACCUGGGCUUCCUGCGGUCGACGUCAUUGCCCAUCAAGUCGACCAUCUGGCGCGAGUGGCAUGACAGCCGCCUGGUGCCAUGGAAGCACUUUGUGCCCAUGGACAACCGCUUCAGCGACUACUUCGGCAUCAUGGAGUACUUCCUGGGGUACGAGGGACGCGACGGGCACGACCACGCGGCGGAGAAAAUCGCCACUGAGGGCAAGGAGUGGGCCGACCAGGUGCUGCGUAGGGAGGACAUGCUCGUUUACGUGCUGCGGCUGCUGCUCGAAUACGCCCGCGUCGUCGACGAGCGCCGGGAGACGAUGGGCUGGGUCGACGACGUGCUGCGAAAUCCCUCGUUGGAGAGUACGUGGAAGACCUGGUGGCGAUUUGGCGGAAGCUAGCCGACGACUCUGCGGGUGUUCCACACUCGAUUGGAUAGGGGUGGGAAGGCGUUGUGGUGUGUUUUUAUUAUCACGAGGCGCUUUGUAUCAUGCUUCCUUCUUGUCUAUUCUAGAGAGCUAUCCGUGGCAACAGGCGGAUGUGUAUAGAAGACGAUUAGUACUUGCAGGACUGAGAGUCCCCAUCUGCAAGGUAGCCGAAGCGAAAUGCCGCUUUGUAAAUGAGCAAUUUCGCUG